UUAUUUUUAAUAUGCUUUUCUAUCCAAUCCUUCUAACUCUAAGUGAUUUAGGUUUUCGCCAAUCAAAGUAAGGUUGAUCUUUGAGAUGAUUAUAAUUGUUUUUCUUAAUAUAUAUUUACAUAUGUUAUUAGUAGAUUUUUUUAGACCGGUGACGUUUGUUAAAUGUGUUGUUUAAAAUAAGUUCUUUAUGUUGUGCAAUUGUCUUUUAGAUUUUGCCAGUGUUUUCAUUUUUAUGUUGGAAAUAAAAUUUUAAUUCAAUUCAAUAAAAUGCUGACUACAUAUUGGAAUUCAAUUUUUACAGGUGUUCCUUACUAGAGAAUUGAAUAUUUACAUGGAGAAAAUUUCGAUUCUUGGUUUCAUUUUAGCUAUUCUCUAUUUCAUAACAACAGAACUUGCAUGUAAUGGUCAUACCCGUAUCGACAACAAUGUUCAAUCUGAACAAAAGGCUCUUAUCGACUUCAAAAGUGGUCUCAAAGAUCCCAACAAUCGACUUUCAUCAUGGAAAGGAAGCACUUAUUGCUACUGGCAAGGAAUUAGUUGCGAAAAUGGCACAGGAUUUGUCAUUUCAAUUGAUCUUCAUAACCCUUAUCCUCGUGAGAAUGUAUAUGAGAACUGGAGCUCUAUGAACUUGAGUGGAGAAAUUAGUCCUUCAUUGAUAAAACUCAAGUCUUUGAAAUAUCUAGAUUUGAGUUUCAACUCAUUCAAAGCCAUGCCAGUUCCUCAAUUCUUUGGGUCUCUGGAGAAUUUAAUAUAUCUAAACUUAUCGAGUGCUGGGUUUAGUGGAUCAAUUCCUUCAAAUUUAAGGAAUCUUUCUAGCUUGCAAUAUCUCGAUCUUUCUUCUGAGUAUCUUGACGAUAUUGAUUCUGAGUAUCUUUAUGAUAUUGAUUCUGAAUAUUUUAAUAAUUUAUUUGUUGAGAAUAUUGAAUGGAUGACUGACCUUGUUUCCUUGAAGUAUCUUGGUAUGAAUUAUGUUAACCUUUCAUUGGUAGGAAGUCGGUGGGUUGAGGUGGCAAACAAGCUUCCAAGUUUAACUGAGUUGCAUCUAGGUGGUUGUAGCCUCUUUGGCUCAUUUCCAUCUCUAAGCUUUGUUAAUUUUACUUCACUUGCUGUUAUAGCUAUCAACUCCAACUACUUCAAUUCCAAGUUUCCUGAAUGGCUUUUAAAUGUCAGCAACCUUGUAUCCAUUGAUAUAAGUGACAAUCAACUGCAUGGGAGAAUUCCACUUGGUCUUGGUGAGCUACCCAAUUUGCAAUACUUAGAUCUAUCUUCGAAUCGGAAACUCAGGGGCAGUAUCUCUCAACUGUUGAGGAAGAGUUGGAAAAAGAUAGAAGUUCUAAAUUUGGCUCAUAAUGAAUUACAUGGUUCAAUUCCAAGCUCCAUUGGAAACUUUUGCAACUUAAAAUAUCUAGAUUUGGGGGGUAAUUACUUGAAUGGAAGUUUACCUGAGAUUAUCAAAGGACUUGAAACCUGCAGUUCAAAAAGUCCUUUGCCUAAUUUGACGGAAUUAGUCUUGUACGAAAAUCAAUUGAUGAGAAAAUUGCCGAACUGGUUGGGUGAGCUUAAAAAUCUUAGGGCACUCGAUUUAUCAAGUAACGAAUUUGAAGGUCCCAUCCCUGCUUCUUUAGGGACAUUGCAACACCUGGAGUCUCUGUAUCUUGGAUUGAAUGAGAUGAAUGGAAGUCUCCCAGAUAGUAUUGGACAACUUUCUCAACUGGAACAAUUGGAUGUUUCUUCCAAUCAUUUGAGUGGAAGUCUCCCAGAUAGUAUUGGACAACUUUCUCAACUGCAAGUCUUGAAGGUUUCUUCCAAUCAUUUGAGUGGAAGUCUCUCUGAACAACAUUUUUGGAAUCUGAGUAAGUUGGAGUAUCUAUACAUGGACUCCAAUUCUUUCCAUUUGAAUGUUAGUCCCAAUUGGGUUCCCCCUUUCCAGGUGAAUGAUCUUGAUAUGGGUUCAUGCCACUUGGGUCCUUCAUUUCCGGCUUGGCUUCAGUCUCAGAAGAACCUCCAGAAUCUUGGUUUCUCAAAUUGCAGCAUUUCAAGUCCCAUUCCAAACUGGUUUUGGAAUAUUUCUUUUAAUCUGCAAUGGUUGAAUCUUUUCGACAAUCAGUUACAAGGUCAGCUACCAAAUUCAUUAAAUUUUUAUGGUGAAUCACAGAUUGAUUUCAGUUCCAACCUCUUUGAAGGACCUAUUCCUUUUUCAAUCAAAGGGGUCUUUUUUCUAGAUCUCUCCGAUAAUAAAUUUUCUGGCCCUAUUCCACUGAGUAGAGGUGAAUCCAUGUUAGACUUGGAAUACCUUUUGCUUUCCGAUAAUCAAAUAACAGGGGCCAUCCCAUCAAACAUAGGGGAAUCCCUACCCAGCUUGCAUUUCCUUUCUCUUUCGGGUAAUCGAAUAACAGGAACCAUCCCAGAUUCCAUAGGACACCUCUCUUUUCUUGAAGUCAUUGAUUUUUCAAGGAAUAAUUUGACUGGAAGCAUCCCUUCUACCAUAAAUAAUUGCUUUGGCCUAAUUGUUCUAGACCUUGGAAAUAACAAUUUAUCUGGGACCAUCCCAGAUUCCAUGGGACACAUCACCUCUCUUGAAAUCAUUGAUUUUUCAAGGAAUAAUUUGACUGGAAGCAUUCCUUCUACCAUAACUAAUUGCUCUAGCCUUUUGGUUCUAAACCUUGGAAAGAACAAUUUGUUUGGGAUGCUACCAAAGUCGUUGGGUCAAUUACAACUGCUUCAAUUACUACACUUGAACUACAACAAGCUUUCAGGGGAGCUUCCCUCAUCUUUCCAAAAUUUAACAGGCUUGGAAGUUCUUGAUCUUAGUUACAACAAAUUGUUGGGUGAGGUUCCUGCAUGGAUUGGAGCUGCUUUCGUAAAUCUGGUAAUACUCAACUUGAGGUCGAAUGUGUUUUGUGGAAGACUUCCCUCCCAGCUUUCAAAUUUAAGCUCCUUGCAUGUCUUAGACAUUGCACAAAACAAUCUGAUGGGUAAAAUUCCAAUCACUUUGGUUGAGCUUAAAGCCAUGGCUCAAGAGCAAUUGAUUAUGUAUGGGUUAAAUGUGACUGCCAUCUCCUUGUAUGAAGAACGAUUGGUUGUGAUUGCCAAAGGCCAAAGUCUUGAAUAUACCAAGACUCUUUCUCUUGUUGUAGGCAUUGACCUAUCCGACAAUAAUUUAAGUGGAGAGUUUCCCCAAGGAAUAACAAAAUUGUUUGGUUUGGUGUUUUUGAACUUGUCGAGGAAUCACAUCACUGGCCAAAUUCCUGAAAGCAUUUCAAUGUUGCGACAAUUGUCAUCUCUUGAUUUGUCAAGCAAUUGGCUUUCCGACACCAUUCCUUCAAGCAUGGCCUCAUUAUCAUUCUUGAGUUAUUUGAAUCUAUCAAAUAACAAUUUCUCUGGUAAGAUCCCCUUUAUAGGGCAAAUGAUAACCUUCACCGAGCUGGCCUUUGUGGGAAACCCUGACCUAUGUGGAGCUCCAUUGGCCACAAAAUGCCAAGAUGAAGAUCCAAAUAAAAGGCAAAGUGUUGUUAGUGACAAAAAUGAUGGUGGUUAUGUUGAUCAAUGGUUUUACUUGAGCGUUGGCUUGGGAUUUGCCAUGGGCAUCCUAGUUCCAUUUUUUGUUAAUAUAAGUUGUGAUUUUUCAAUGUGCAUAUCAGUAUGUACAUCACCAGUUGACUAUGCUAGAGAAGGGCUUUUGAAUGCAGUUGAAGCUCGAGACCCAAAUUUGGAAGAAGAUAGCAGACUCAGUGACUCUAAUGUGAUUGUUGUUUCAUGGGAAAAGUGA